AUGAUUAUGAAAGGAUUUAAAGAUAAUCUUCAUCUUUCAAAGAGUAGAUGUUAAAAAGAUAAAAUCAUCAAUCCAAAUGAAAUGGGAGUUGGAAAGAUUAGAAAUUUGAUUCAGUCUAGUGGAUUAAAUACUGAUAGGAUACCAAAAGUUUUGUUAAUGACUGAAGGGUAAAAGUAACUAAGACUUAAAUUUGCUAAAGAAAAGGUAAGAUGGUCUUAAAAGUGGAGAAGAGUUUUGUUUUCAGAUGAAAUCAUACUAAAAAAGGGAUUAAUUGGCAAAAAGUAUGUAUGGUAAGUUCAUCACUCUGAUAUUUUACAAUCUCAAUGCUAUUAAAAGGAAAAAUAUCCAACCAAAUUCUGA